AUGUUGACGGCGGCAGCUGUACCUCCACUCAGCAAUGGGGUCGCUGCUACCUCGGCAGCACCUAGUCCACUGCGCAGCAGCCCACGCAAGAGAGCCAAGUCUCCUGUCAAUCGCUUGACAACAACACAGGCGAAGCAGGGGCCUGAGCUCAAGAAGCAGCGAGCUGAACCUGUCGACGAAUCCGAGCUAGACUGCGCUGCCUGCCCUGCAUCUGGACAACCUACUCCCACCCCUGGCAAAGGCGCCGCCUCCGAUCGAGAGACCUGGAUCUGCUGCACUCAAUGCAACACAUGGUUCCACUGUAUCUGCAUUGCUCUCGAGAAUCCCGAGGACUACAACAAAUGGUACUGCCAGCCAUGCAUCACUCGCUCCCAAGAAGCUUUCGAAUCCGGCACCAGCUCAUCUCGUCCUCCCCUGGCCAACGUUACUCGCCCACCCAGACGCAAGUCGCAACGCGCCAAGCUUGAAGUCGACUAUGCUGCCAUUCAAGAGGGCAUUCCUGCCGAUCCACUCGGUCGUUGGAAAAAUUUUCUCAAUACCUACGACUUUGAACCCGACCGCUUCCGCAGAAUGGAAGGUCACCAAUGGACCAUCGAUUGGCUACUACACGACGAAACCGCCUUGCGAGAACCAGUGCUUGUUCCGGCACCGCAGCAAUCAGAUGCCUCAGCUCAAGCGGAUGAUGAUGAUAUAGUGAAGGAAAAAGAGAAUGCAACAGUAAAUGUGCAUACUAAGAAGCAGGCAAAGAGCAAAAGCAAAUCUAAAGGCAAGCAGUCGCGACUGAAACCAAGAGCAACCUCGAUCCCAGGCAUGAUCGUACCACCGCCAGAAAUGAGCAUCUUGGAUGUAGCAGACGUGAUCGGUCAUGACACACCCGUCCAAGUCAUCGAUGUCGCCUCACAAUCAUCGUCCAAGACCUCAUGGACCAUCUCGGAAUGGGCCGAGUACUUUGACACGCCCAAGGAAAAGAAGAAAAAGACGUUCAAUGUCAUUUCACUCGAAGUGACAGGAACGGCGAUGCAGUCCUUUGUCGAGGCACCACAACUCGUUCGCGACCUUGACUGGGUCACACGCGACUGGCCCCAAGAGCGACGUGAUCCGACUGUGCCCGACAACAGCUGGCCCAAGGUACAGCGCUACGUGCUCAUGGGUGUCGAAGGUGCCUACUCAGACUGGCAUAUCGACUUUGCUGGCAGCAGUGUCUACUAUCAUGUCAUCUGGGGUCAAAAGACCUUCCUUUUUGCUCCGCCCACGGCACGAAAUCUCGCUGCAUACAAGGCUUGGUGUAGCAGCACACGACAGGACUUUGACUGGCUUGGCGACCAUCUGCACAGCUUGACGCGUGUCGACAUUCGACCGGGAGAGACCAUGUUGAUCCCCUCAGGAUGGUUGCAUUGCGUCUACACGCCCAAGAACACUUUGGUGGUAGGAGGCAACUUCUUGACCGACUGGAACGUGGUCACGCAGUGGAAGCUUGUCGAGAUCGAAGAGGCAACCAAAGUGCCCAAGAAGUUUCGUUUCCCGCAUCUCAAGCGUCUUAGCUGGUUCGUCGCCAAGGGAUGGCUCGACCGACUGGAGCCUGUCGACUCUAUCGAGCUUCCCUCCGAGAAAGACAUUGAUGGCGCAAAUCAAAUUGCAAUCAACUACAGCGACUUGAUCGACGUCGUGCCGCCAAUCAAGGUUCUCAAGAACAUCGAGCUGGUCCAUCAAACUCUAUGCGACGAUCUUGAGCUGAUUCAAGAUGCCAUGGUCGCAGAGACCGGAGACGAGAGAACACUUAAGCAGCAAAAGGCAGCACGAGAGGCUAUCCCAAGUCACUACGUUGGCAACCUUGCAAAAGCAGAAGCCAUGCUCGACUCUUUGCAGGAGUGUCUCAAGAAGGCAAACUUUUUAGCUGAUGGUGUGCAGGCAGAACGAGAAAGACAGAGAAUGAAGGCGGAGAAAGUAGGGAAUGGUGGGGUGAAGAAAGGGCGCGCUCAUCGACGGGGAUCGUAG